CAAUUCCUUCGCGAAGGGAUGAAAAGUUGUGUGUCAUACCAAGUUUUCGCGAAAGCAAAAAUACAAAAUAUUUUCAGAAGAGUCGGGAUGCCAAUUGGGUUAUUUAAAUAACAAAAGGUUUCAUAUUGUUAGUAAGGCGUCCUGCAAUAUGAACAAAUAUUCUGCAUUUAUUAUAUGCAUUUCGGUCCUGCUUUUAUUGAGAAAAGAGGACGUUGGGAGCCAUAAUGUGGACUCGGGAAUAUACGGGUUUCAGAGAUCAUCAGGGAUAUGUCAUAUUUACAAUGGCACUAUUUGUCGGGAUGUUUUGAGCAAUGCCCACGUUUUUGUAUCCCCGAAUCUCACCAUGAACGAUUUGGAGGAGCGAUUAAAAGCUGCAUAUGGCGUAAUAAAGGAAUCGAAGGACAUGAAUGCAAAUUGUCGCAUGUACGCAUUGCCGAGCUUAUGUUUUAGCUCAAUGCCAAUUUGCAGAACUCCAGAACGCACGAAUUUAUUGUACUUUGCCAACGUGGUUACAAAUGCCAAACAGUUCAAGAAUGCCAAUGUCACUAUUCGCCGAAAGAGAACUAAAACCAAGGACAUAAAAAACAUUAACAUUUUUAAAAAGAAAUCCACCAUCUACGAAGAUGUGUUCAGUACAGAUAUUUCAAGUAAAUACCCACCUACCAGAGAGUCUGAAAAUCUAAAACGCAUUUGUCGAGAGGAGUGCGAACUUCUUGAAAACGAACUUUGUCAAAAGGAAUAUGCAAUUGCCAAACGACAUCCGGUAAUCGGAAUGGUUGGUGUGGAGGACUGCCAAAAGUUGCCCCAACAUAAGGAUUGCUUGUCCCUGGGAAUUACCAUUGAGGUGGAUAGGACCGAGAACUGUUACUGGGAGGAUGGUUCUACAUAUAGGGGAGUUAUGAACGUCUCCGCCUCUGGAAAACCAUGUUUGAGAUGGUCUUGGCUUAUGAAAGAAAUCUCUGACUUUCCGGAGCUCAUUGGUCAAAACUUUUGCAGAAACCCAGGAAGUGUGGAAGAUAGCCCUUGGUGUUUUGUCGAUUCUUCGCGUGAGCGAAUAAUUGAACUCUGUGAUAUUCCAAAAUGUGCAGAUAAAAUUUGGAUUGCAAUUGUCGGAACGGCAGCAUCAAUAAUACUAAUUUUUAUAAUAAUACUAGCAGUUAUACUUUUUAAGAGGAGAACUAUCAUGCACUAUGGAAUGCGGAAUAUUCACAAUAUCAAUACACCCAGCGCGGAUAAAAAUAUUUACGGGAACUCGCAGCUAAAUAAUGCCCAAGAUUCUGGAAGGGGUAACUUGGGAAACCUAUCCGAUCAUGUUGCUCUUAACUCCAAGCUUAUAGAAAGAAAUACUCUGUUGAGAAUAUCCCAUUUUACGCUUCAGGAUGUGGAGUUUUUAGAAGAGCUGGGCGAAGGAGCAUUUGGAAAAGUCUACAAGGGACAGCUUUCGCAGCAAAACAAACCCACGAUAACGGUCGCCAUCAAGGCUUUAAAGGAAAACGCCUCUGUAAAAACACAGCAGGAUUUUAAGCGCGAAAUCGAACUAAUUUCAGAUUUGAAGCAUCAGAAUAUUGUGUGCAUAUUAGGAGUGGUGUUGAACAAGGAGCCCUACUGCAUGCUUUUUGAAUAUAUGGCCAACGGAGACCUCCACGAGUUUCUGAUCUCAAACUCACCCACCGAAGGCAAGUCCUUAUCGCAACUGGAAUUUUUGCAAAUAGCUCUUCAAAUCAGCGAGGGCAUGCAAUAUCUUUCGGCCCAUCAUUAUGUUCAUCGUGACUUGGCAGCUCGAAAUUGUCUGGUUAACGAGGGACUGAUUGUGAAAAUAUCCGAUUUUGGAUUAUCGAGAGAUAUUUACAGCUCAGAUUAUUACCGGGUUCAGUCGAAGUCGCUGUUACCUGUAAGGUGGAUGCCCUCGGAAUCAAUAUUGUACGGAAAGUUCACCACAGAGAGCGAUGUUUGGUCAUUUGGAGUUGUACUCUGGGAGAUAUAUAGCUAUGGAAUGCAGCCAUACUACGGCUACAGUAAUCAGGAAGUGAUCAAUCUUAUCCGUUCAAGGCAACUACUAUCCGCUCCAGAGAACUGCCCCACUGCAGUGUAUUCGCUUAUGAUCGAGUGUUGGCAUGAGCAAUCGGUAAAACGUCCAACAUUCACAGAUAUUUCGAACCGUCUUAAAACUUGGCACGAAGGCCACUUUAAAGCCAGUAAUCUGGAAAUGUAAAUU